AUGUGUCUCCACAUCAGGCACCACUUCAAGGAGUGUGGACACUCCGACAUCGUCGGCUUCUGGGGUUGCGGCACGAGCUCAGCAACGUCACGUAGAGAGUGGCCGCCAGUCUCCCAAUUCCCGGAAAUCGCGGGCCAUGCCAAGCAUACCAUCGAGCUCCACGACCCUGGUGUCUGGUUCUGUCGCGCGUGCUCGAAGCACGAAGAGAAGGUUGGACAGCCGCCGAUUGUGGCCCUUCAUGGUGCGGUGGACACCAUAGAGGAUCAUGAUGAGAUGGUGCGGGAGGAAAUCACGGCGAGGAUGUUCGGAGAACCGGUUCCGGAGCCCCUUUACGAUGUCUUCGUCUACAAUCCUGUCACAUUCGCGCGUCAGACUCGCCUCGCCGGCAUCGCCACAGCCGGCACUCACUACUCAAUUCGGGAUGCGAGACAAGUCUUCGAGAGCGCACGGAGCGCCUUCGUGAGGCCGCCGCCAGGCUUUGAACCGCCAGUAUGGAACGUUCUUGCCUUUCCAACGUGGGCCGACGAGUUCAGGAACGCUCCCCUUGCGCCUCCUAGCUCCCUACCGGCGUGUGAUCUACCAGCUGUCCCCGCCGACGACCAAGCCCCUGAGGUCGGACAUGUCUCUCAACCACCUGUGGCCGGUACCUCUCGUCAAGCCGCCAACGACCCAUCUCCGUCCCCUGAGCACUGGCUCGUGCCUCUUCGCGAUAGCAACGGCAGGCUAUUGCGCUCAGAUACGGCGCCGAUUCCUGGUCUCCCUCAUGAUCGGACGCAUUUCUACAUCCACGGCGACCCUCAUUUUGAUCUGCCGGCUGGAAGACAGUAUCUUCGUCUCCCCGAUGGGUACAGGGAUCCACAGCUUCAGGCUCAGCAAGAUCGCCAGGUGCAAGAAGCACGACAAGCUGAGCAGACUUCACAAGCUCUCGUGCCUUACCAGCCUCCCCGACCACGACGACAUCUGCCCAUCCUGGGGACACCGGCGGGGCCAGUGACGGGGAAUUACGCGCAGUACGUCCAUCAGCCGGAAUUUACAGGCUACCAGCACUACGUGCAUCCAGGAGAUGUUCGAGCAACCCAUGGAAUCGGGUAUCAGAUUCACCCGUACCAUCUCCGCCAGCAGGGGGGCGCUCUCCAACCGACUACCGCUGCACACCCUCACGCCCCACCCGUCCUUGUUGUGGUGAACGUCGGCGCUGCUGCCGGUCCUGGGUAUGGAGCUGGUGCUGGAUACAUAGCUCCUCAGCCGGCUGCCGAUGUCCAGAUUUAUCCAAGUGUCGGCAACAUACAGGCCCUUGGAUUUGGCCACGGAGGCGGUGAUCGGGGAAACAAUGCUCAGGAUCGUCGUGGGGACGGUAGCGCUGGAGCCGGUGGACAUGGGCGGGGACGCGGCGGUAGCUACCAAGUUGGUGGUGCUACCUUCUUCUAUUGA